AGAAAUAUAGCAGCUGCAUUGCACUGAAAAAGCAAGAGCACAGAUGUCCUGUGGGUUGGAAAAGUUUCGAUUUAAAAUGUUAUUACAUCUCUGAAUCAAAGAAGAACUGGAUGGAAAGUCAGGUGGACUGUAGACAGAAAGGAGCAGAUCUGGUGGUUAUAGACAGCAAAGAGGAACAGACUUUUUUCAGUCAGUACCAGAGAACCUGGAUUGGUCUGACAGACAAAAAACAGGAAGGCGUAUUUAAAUGGGUGAAUGGGACACCACUGACCACAAGCUACUGGAUGAACGGGGAACCCAAUGACGAAGGUGGAAAUGAGGACUGUGUUGAGAUCAUCAAUUUUUCAGGCACAAUUGCGAACUGGAAUGAUCGGCCUUGCUAUUAUGAAGAAAAAUGGAUUUGUGAGCGUGAAGGCCUUGAUUAAAACUAACCACAAAAUGUAUGAUAGUUAUACAAAUAACUUUUAAGGAAAAUCAAUCAUUAAUUAAUACCCAUUAUCCAUGGCAUGAAAUGUUUGUUUGUUUUUUUGGAUUACUGUCUUAUUGUCAUUAUUAAUUUGCAUUAAUUUUUGUAAUUCUGUUUUUUGCUUUUCCUUAUUAGUCAGCGUGGCUUUUACGUUUAUAAUUACUGUACGGAUUAAUAAUAAGUAAUGUAUUAGAAAUGCUUACAAAGAUUUUUCUGAGACUUGCUUGAAAAGGUGUUGAGUUUGUGUCUUCUCCCCAUGUUCAGAUCUCCUCUCAACUCCCAUAAUCCAAGACAUACAGUUAGGCUAAUCUGUAUUUCUGAAUCACCCAUUGUGUGUGACUGUCAACAGAAGCGGAUUUGAAUGUGUGUCUCCUGUGAUGGACUGGCAUCCCAGUUCAGUUUCACAUUCUAAAAACUGAAAACAUUAAAAGACA